AUGCUGCAUCAAACUCUGGGAAAGGCCUGGUCCUGUUCAGCCCAUGCUUCUCAUGAAAUUCGCCUGCUCUUAAAAGACAGAGUUGUACGCCACAACGAACCAAGGUCGCUUAAAAAGGUGAAGCGGUCAAGCCAACCACCGUGUUUCACGAUAUCCCAUAAACCGCCAAUGAGCUCUGCACUUUGGAAGUCAGCCAAAAUCGAGAUUAUUGAUCCAGAUCAAGCGGUCGAUGACGAAUACAAGACAGUCAGAUUCAGAGAGGCGCAUCCCACGAGAUGUUGCCUAGGCCAGCAAAGCAUGAACAUCCGAAGUAUUCAUGGUUUAAAAGUAGUCGGAGAUCUUUGCACCGUCUUCCGUUGUUAUAACGGGUUUGGUUUUGGACUUGACGACCAGGGUGUGCUUUACGAGACCUACCAAGCCGAGAUCAAACCGGCAUGUUGCGCGGAGAAUCUAAUCAGCCUUCAGGAGCUCCUCCUAGCACAUUCUGGCAUGAAGUCCUUCACUCCUUUGACUGAGGAGCAACGGUAUCGACUGUCAAUUAUCCUAACUUCAUCAUUCAUCCAACUCCAUUCAACUCCCGGGCUCAAUAAACACUGGAACCAACACACAGUAUUCUUCUCUUCAAGCUCAGUUGAUGAUCAGCUUGUGAUUGACCUUCGGCAUCCUUUCAUCGCGGAGAGUUAUGGGAGUUCUCCAUGUCGAAGCACCGCUUCAAUCGAUGCCAAGGAACUUGCAGAUGACAGCACAAAUCUACUCAUGCUGGCAAAGAUCCUUCUUCAGAUCAAGUUCCAUGGCCGACCGAGUUCCAUCAGCAAUAUAGAAAGAGCAUCGAAUCCAACAACGUUUGACCGAGUUCGAGAAUCUCAACUCCUCAAUCAGUGGGUAUUUCAGGAGAGGGAGAACUUAUCCUUUGCGCACUACAACGUCAUUCAGUUCUGCAUAGCAUCUCCAAAUAGCAUUGACGCUGAUCUUUGGGAUCUAAAGUUUCGACAAAUAGUCCUGGACCGAGUGGUUGUGCCUUUGGUUAAUGAACUAAGUCACUGGCAAGGGGUCAUGUAA